AUGGCCGACGGCGCCGCCCCCCUCUCCGCUGCCGUCCGCCGGGACCGCCUCAGCGCCCUCAGCGACGACCUCCUCCACCAAAUCAUCACCCAGUACCUCCCCGUCACCGAAGCCGCCAAAACCGCCGCCCUCGCCAGGCGCUGGCGCCACCUCUGGAGCUCCACCCCGCUCGUCCUCCGCGACGCCGCCGUCCCCGAGCCCGCGCGCGACGCCCUGGUCCCGCGAGUCCUCGCCAAGCACGAAGGCCACUUCCGCACCGUCGCCCUCCACGACCUCAGGCUCGCCUCCCUCGACCGUGAGCUCCCCGGCUGGCCGCGCCUCGUCGCCGCGAAGCACACCCAGGAACUCCACCUCGCCAACCGCUGCCAGGCCAACGACAUCCUGCCACUCGUCCCCGCCGACAUCCUCCGCUGCGGCUCGCUCGAGGAGCUCCUGCUCGGCUCCUGGGCCUUCCCCGUCGACCUCUCCCGCGGCGCCGGCGUCUCCCUUCCCAACCUCCGGAAGCUCACCCUGGUAACGGCUGCCAUAGAAGACCGAGACCUCCAGCACCUCAUCACCGCCUGCACCGCUCUGGAGAUCCUGAAGCUCGCCGGCACAACAGCCAAGCGCAUCCACCUCUGCAGCCCAAGCCUCCGAUGCGCGACCGUUACGCUGUCCAGGGACGAAAACUUGGCGGUGGUGGACGCGCCGCUGCUGGAGCGGCUCGUCUUGUUUCUGCCUGCUACUCCCGCGAUGGUCAAGAUCGAUCGUGUAGCCAACCUGCGGGUGCUCGGCCACCUGGAUACAAGACGACUUCACAGGCUGCAGAUCCGCGACACCCUCAUCGAGCUUAACACAAUGGCGAGUACAAGCACUGCGAUUCCAAGCGUCAGGAUAUUGGCGGUGACUGUGAAUUUCGUUAUCCUCAGGGAGGUCAAGAUGUUGGCCAGCUUCCUCAGAUGCUUUCCCAACAUUGACACUCUGCACAUCGAGUCUGCCCUGCAUGAUCCAUCUGUAACUGCCAAUGAACACAGUGCGGAGCUUCAUGCCAGCUUCUGGCAGGGGGCAAGUCCGGUUGAGUGCUUGAGAUCACAUGUCAAGAAGAUGGUCAUCCACGAAUUCCGAGCGGAUCAAAACGAAUUUGAAUUCCUCAAGUUCGUCGCCAUGAAUUCCCAGGAGCUGCAGUCUUUGCAUGUUGUGUUGCAAGAAGAAAACACUUCUUCCACUGACAAGGGGAACGACACAAGAGAGAAAUUGCAGAGUCUACGGUUUCAAACAGGGGUUUCUGCAGUGCUGCUGGUGUUGCCUAAAGAGGACUCUAUUUCGAGCAUGCAGAAAGCAACCGAUCUUACAUUCGAUGACCCUUUUCGCUUCUGAAUGCAUAGUUAAUGCACCAUAUGUUUUUCAAGAUUGCUCCGCUCCUUUUGGGAAAUCGCUGACUGUAGAUCAUGCUGUUUCGCGUGUAGGCAUGCUUCUCCUGAGAUAUGGCUGAUUUCAACUAGCAUGAAUACGUAAAUAGUCUUGAAGCUAGAACAA